AUGCACCUAGCCUUUCCGUCGAGGAAGUCCUCAAAUCCACCUCAUUACCCUAUACGAUACUCUCGAUUUCCGACGCUUCGCCGGAGCAGAGCAAAGACGAUAGGGAUUGGCAUAUUAGCGGCCGUUGUGUUGAUAUGGGUGCUUGCGCGUCUUGUUGGUAGUUCGGACGGAAUACCGCCAGGGACACCUCCUGUGGUUAUCGUGACAGUGGUGGACGAAGAAAAUUAUCCCGCGGGCUACAUCCAAACCAUUAAAGAAAAUAGGAUCGAAUAUGCGAAAAAGCAUGGCUAUGCGACUUUCUUCCCAACUGCCAACGACUACGAUCUCAAAGGGGCCCCAAGAUCUUGGGCGCGAGUCCCUGCCGUUCGACAUGCCAUGAGCAAUUCUAGUAGUACCUAUUUCUGGUAUCUUGACCAGAAUUCUCUCAUCAUGAAUCCGGACGUGGAUAUCGAAACCCAUAUUAUGAACCCGAAGAAACUCGAGAGCAUGAUGAUUAAGGGCCAGCCUAUUGUACCUCCAGAUAGUGUUAUCAAGACCUGGCCGCACCUGAAAGGGGACCAAGCGCAAUUGGUCCUCACGCAAGACGCGGAGGGAUUGGCGGCUGGGAGUUUUAUCGUCCGAAGAGGGGAUUGGGGCAAGUUCUUUCUGGAUACCUGGUAUGAUCCAUUGUAUCGUUCCUACAACUUUCAGAAAGCAGAUACGCAUGCCUUGGAACAUAUUGUCCAAUGGCAUCCGACGAUUCUCGCGAAGCUCGCCCUGAUACCGCAGCGAACUAUUGACGCCGCUAACAAGGCAUACGCUCCCCAAGGGACAGGCGCAUAUAUAGAGGGCGACUUUGUCAUUCGAUUUGCCGGCUGUGAACAGGUGGGGCGAGAUUGUGUGAAGGAGGCCGGACCAUUCUUGAAGCAAUGGCGGACGAUAUUUGAUUCGAAAUGA